AGUAUGUCUCGCAUUUGCAAAAAGAAGCCUGCUGUAUGCACAGAUGAUCCAAUUUCCAACAGUGACAUCUCCCUAAAACUUGCACUGUUAAGAGACAUAUUCAGUACUGGCUACGGACCUACUGGCAGACUGAAACAAAUCCACAACAAUGUUGGUGGCCACGUGUUGACAACUUCAACCUCCAGAGUGUUGCUCAAAGGGGUUGAUAUGUCUGCGCCACUUCUUAAACUUAUCUCAACUGCUGUUCAACAUCAUACUUCACGUUACAGUGACUGUGGGCUCUUUAUGGGGAUUUUCACGCUCCGACUUAUCGAACACACCCAGAAAUAUGGCCUCAGGACUGUUGCAGCAGCCAAAGUAUACAAACACCUUUUGGAAGAAUGCAACAGGUAUCUUAAAGGAGACAGCUGUGGUUGUAAAGUCCAAGUGGACUUCAGCAGUUCUGAUUCACUUGUUGUACUGGCCCGCAGCAUGCUCACAAGCAAACCAGCCUGCAUGUUGAACAGUCGAGAGACGCAGCAUAUCAGUUCACUGAUCGCACAGGCCUUCCUGUAUUCCAUCCCAUGCAACUCUACUGGUGUAACCUGUUUUGGCAGGACAGUCACUAUUGCCAUUGAGGGCCAAUCAGUGAGCAACUCUGCUGUUUUCCCAGGACUGCUGGUGGAUGUGCCUGAGAUGCUUCAGCCUGCAGACCUUAAGAAACUGGGGCCUGGUCCUUUCAAGGUUGUGCUUUUUAGCACAUCCCUUGCAGGUGAUAUCUCUGAAGUUGGUAAUGUAACUUUGGAGAUCCAUAGGGGGGUGGACCCAGAGCUUGGUGUCCUACAGCAGCUCAUGAAGCUUGGGGAACAAAUAGUUAGGGAUAACGUGAACUUAUUUGUAUGUCAGAAAGUAGUGCACCCAGUCCUUCAGCAUUAUUUGAGGGAACAUGGGGUGGUCGUGAUAGAGAGACUUGGACUCGCCUUGAUGGAGCCAUUUAUCCAGAUAACAGGUGCUCAGGCUAUUGCCUCCCUGUGCUCUCCAGUACUGACUGAAGCUUAUGGGCUGGUCAGGGGGUUCUGUUUCCAGUCAUGUGGAUCCAAAGAGCUGCUCCAGAUCCUUUCUUCUACAAAUGCGGCAUUUAGCACCAUGGCACUCUGCCACAGAAAUGAAACUAUGCUGGAUGAACUCAAGAUGACAUGCCAGAGAGCAGAACAUGUGUUGCGACUGACUCUAAGGGAGCCCUACGCCCUACUUGGAGGAGGCUGCACUGAGACACUUCUGGCCACCCACAUUACACACAUGAAUCAGUCCACAGCUACUGAAACAGCUGCAGUUCUGGGCGUCUCUCACACUGAGUUCCUCAUGGCAGUCAAGUUAUUCUGCAGUUCUCUGCACGAUGUGGCUCUUUCCUUAGAACAUGAUGGACAGGACUGUCUCUUUGACCUGACAUUUGCCCACCGCUGGGUCAAAGAUAUCAACUCCCAGACCGGUGCUGGGCAAACCUGUGGCUGUGGUCUAGUGAAGGACAGAUCGGAUCUGGAGAAGAUCCCUCUAAAUACAGCUUACCAUACUUUCUCUCCUGUUUCCACUGACAACGCUGACACUCAGCCCAGAAUAUUAGAUUCAUUCUCUGCCAAGCUCAGUGCUUUGAAUGUAGCAGUUGAGAUGGCUAAUCUUGUUCUAGAUAUUAAAUACAUGAUCAGGGAUGUAAAUUAAGUUUUGCUUUCAAUGAACAUCUGAACUGGUUAUCCAUAGAUUGUAGGUUCAAACACUGCACAGUGCGACCUAAUCAUCGACAUGGUGCCCUAGAGCAAGGUACUUAUCCCCAGGCUGUUCCAGGGGUAGUGUUCUUAUAAUAAGUGAACUGAAAAAGGAUAUACCGUAAGGGUACUGUUUUGGGGGGAAAAAAUCUGUUAAAUGACUUUGUAGGAGUAUCUAGGAAAGGGGUCGGCAGCUGGCACGCGGAGGGGUAAUCAAUGGCACGCCUGCAACGGCGAGAGAGGAGUAGACUAUUUUAUAUUUAUGAAAUUCCGCACCUGCAUUCCAGUUUGCAUCUUGAUGUAAUUCUUCCUCAUGAUCACGCAGCGUGUUUUCAUCAGCUAAAUGGGAGGUUAAACAAAAAGUUAAAAUGUGACAAGACUGCAGUAUACCCAACAGACUCAUGCAGCGCGUGCAAGCCAUUAACGCUCCACGUUCGGUUAAUCGCGCAAGUUAAAAUGCGUCUGCGUUAAUUUGGUCAGGCUGCGCAGAUGACAGCCUACAUUCCGUGUUUUAUUUGUUUCUUUUUGCUUUCAGAAAAUCACGUGAUGUAAUAAGGAAAACACCACUAUUAAUCCUUGAGAUUUCCAACCCAGCAUACAGGUACACCCUCCUUAAGCCAUGGUCACACUCAAAAUUACAUUAAAGGAUUAAAAGAGAAAAUUAAAAUAUCUAUUAAAAAUAUAAAUUAUACUUGGAUAUGAAGUUUUAGGAUUUUGCAGGUGCGAUUCACCGAAAAGGGCUAAAUAGUUGAGUCUCGUCACAUUUUAACUUUUUGUUUUGCCUCCCAUUCAGCUGAUAAAAACACGCUGCGUGAUCAUGAGGAAGAAUUACAUCAAGAUGUAGAUUGGAAUGCAGGAGCGAAAAACCUCAUAAAUAAAAUAGCCUACUCCUCUCUCUCCUCUCUCGCUAUUGCUUACGUACUAGUGAUUACCCCUCUGCGUGAUUUUGAAAAAUAUACAUACAUAAUCUAAGAAAUAUUUAAGAUUCCACACAAUUUCGUGAUCAGUAAUCAAAUAAGCAAAUUUGUGACAUUAACUGUGUUAACUCAUUUUGUACAAAAGGACAGGUUUUCUUUCAUUAAAGCACUUUCACAAGAUGCUCUGUGAAAAUUCAUAUGCAGGAUCAUGAUUAUAUCAUAAUCAUCUGGUUUUGCACAGAAUUUUCACUCAAACUGUUAUGCUGAUAAUAUAAUUUGUAAUGAAAAAUAAACGAUUAAAUUAGAAAAAAUGCUAAAUAGAAACAUUUUGGGGUGGACGUCGGCACAGCCAUUAACCAGGAAAAUAAAAAUGGCACUCCAUGUCAAAAAGGUUGCCGAUCCCUGAUCUAGAAAACCAUUUUUAUGUGUUUUUUGUAGCUGUAGUUCUCAGGGAUCAACAUUAGAUGUAGUCUGAGAGAGACCCUGUGCACAUGGUCAAAAAUGCUCCUUUGAGCUUGUUAUGGUGCAAUGCCAGUGGGGUAGAGUUAAAAUCGUUAGCUUUAAUGAGGACACCAAAAGCAUUUUGACAGUCUGUUACGAUUACUUUGGCAAAUGGGCUAAAGUAACCAUGAAAUGUCAUUCUCAUCCCAUUUUAUGUCAGUAUUGUGACAUAAUUCUGAGUGAAACAUGAUAUUCAAUAAGGAAAAAUGUAGGGCAGAAUGGGAAUUGAUUGGAAACUUUAUUGGCUUUUGUGAUAGCAAAAAGGAAAUAGUUUCAGUGAAAGAGCAAGAUAUUACAUUUUGAUGAAAGAUUACAAAGGACAUUUUCUUCUUUGCAAUAGCAUGCACUGAUGAAUAAUGCACAGUAAGACCAGGAACGUUAUUAAAAGAAUUCAAUAGGGUCAAUUUUUAUUUCAUGUUGACCUUAAAAAUGCACAUUAAAAGCUUUCAAUCAACAUUACAUACA